AUCUCAUCUCAUCUCAUCUUCUACUUCGACCUCUGGAGAGAUUUUGAGCCGGAGAUUCUAAAUCCACUGUGGAAUCAAAAACACACACACGCCCCCUCUUCCCGCAAGUGUAAAUUUGACAGAACCGAAUGGUCUGUAAGAUAUAUCUAAGCGUUUAAAUUUGCAAAUAAAGACCGACUAAAAGGGACAAGUUAGUAUGGCUUCUCUAUGUUCCAGAGGACUUCGUACUCAUUCAUCUCUCCUUUGCCCAUCUUCUCUCUUCACCACAAGAAAUGGUGUUUUCUUUUGCACAAUGCAAAACACGCAAACUGAAAAAACCAAGACAAGAAUUGGCAACACUAAAACAACACAGAUUAAGGCAUCUACUAGUACUACGCAAGUCAGAGAGAAUGAGAAAAUGUUGAAUGAUUACGAAGCAGUUAUAGGUAUAGAGACACAUGUCCAGCUUUCAACUCUAACUAAAGCCUUCUGUAGCUGCCCUUACAACUAUGGGUCUCAACCAAACACUACUGUUUGUCCAAUUUGUAUGGGUCUACCUGGUGCGUUGCCCAUAUUCAAUUCAAAGGUUAUUGAGUGUGCAGUGAAACUAGGACUUGCGCUUAAUUGCAAACUGGCAAUGACUUCAAAGUUUGAUAGGAAACAAUAUUUUUAUCCUGAUCUUCCUAAAGGUUACCAGAUUUCACAGUUUGAUAUUCCGAUUGCAAGUGAUGGUUAUGUCGAUUUGGAUCUUCCUCUUGAGUUUGGUGGUGGGCAUAGGAAGUUUGGAAUAACCAGGGUUCACAUGGAAGAAGAUGCUGGGAAGUUAAUGCACUCUGGAACUGGGACGUACUCACAGGUGGACUUGAAUAGAGCAGGGGUACCGUUGCUUGAGAUUGUUUCAGAGCCUGAUAUGAGAACUGGGAUCGAGGCUGCUGAGUAUGCGGCUGAGAUACAAAGGUUGGUCCGCUAUUUGGGAGUGGGUAAUGGCAAUAUGCAGGAAGGUUCCCUGCGGUGUGAUGUGAAUGUAUCAGUCCGGCCUACAGGGCAGACGGAGUAUGGAACGAAGGUCGAAAUAAAGAACAUGAACUCAUUUUCAGCCAUGCACAAGGCAAUCGAUUUCGAGAUUUCCAGGCAGGUUCUUCUCCACAAUCAAGGCCAGGCUGAUCAAAUUGUACAGGAAACUCGACUUUGGGAAGAGGGUGCUCAGAAAACGGCAACAAUGAGGAAAAAAGAGGGACUUGCUGACUAUCGAUAUUUCCCCGAACCAGACCUUCCAGAAGUGGUUCUCACGGAGGACUAUGUCGAGAGUAUUCGUGCUUCUUUGCCUGAACUUCCAGAAAUGAAGAACCGGAGAUUUGAGAAUAUGGGCCUCAGCGUGCAGGAUGUUUUGUUACUUUCCAACGACACAAAUGUCUGCAAUUUUUUCGAGUCUGCUGUUGACAAAGGUGCUGAUGUGAAAAUGGCGGCCAAUUGGAUCAUGGGUGAUAUUGCUGCUUACUUGAAGAAUGAAAAACUAUCUAUAACAGAAAUUAAACUUACACCACAGGAGCUGGCUGAACUAAUAUCCUCCAUCAAAGGUGGAAUUAUCAGCGGAAAGAUUGGGAAAGAUAUACUAUUUGAGCAUAUAGCCAAAGGUGGAACUGUCAAAGCUGUUAUUGAAGAAAAGGAUUUGGUUCAGGUCAUGCCUAUUAUUAGAAGAGUAAAACCAAUCCUGCGUCACAAAAAAAUCAGCUAAAUUUGCUGUUUUUUAGUUGCAUCCAUUUUUACAAUUGAACAUUAUCAACAACAUAGCAACCUAAAACCCAUAUUUGGAUUAUGAAAAAAGUUCAUGAGAAAAGAAGGUUAUCCUCUUCAUCCUCUUUGAUCUUGGUGGUGCUGGUGGCGGCGGUGCCAGCCGAUGGUAAUUGCUUUGCAAGAAUACCAACCGGCACGCAGUGAAACGAAACGGAGAAUAUACAACAACUCUGUUUGUGGAUGCCGUGCAAGAAGGGAUUUGAUCGAAUGAGAUGGAGAGGACAAGCUCAUUGCCAAGAAAGAUAAUGGUGGUGGCAGAUCCAACCCGUGAAUCGGCUGGUGCAUUACAGUGGGUAUUAUCUCAUGCAAUUCUGGAACAUGAUGAGUUGAUUCUUCUUCAUGUAGCAAAUGCGAGUUCAUGGCGGAAUACAUUGACUACAUUCCUUAAACGAUCGCCUUCUGCAACAACCACAAGUGAAGGCGGAUCAGAGAGGGGGGAAAGAGGAGUAGGUGGAGGUGGUGGUGGAGAAGAUAAAGAACAAAAAGAGCAAAAAGAAAGGGAUUUAGAGUUUCUAGCAGAGAUGAAAAAUGCAUGUGAAUUAGCUCAACCAAAGGUGAAGGUAAAUACAGAAAGAGUAGAAAUGGAAGGGAGGGAGAAGGCUUUUACUGUUCUUAUGCAAAGUAAGCUUUUGAGCAUUGACCUUCUUGUUGUUGGCCAGCGACGCCAUCUCUCUAGUGCAAUUUUAGGAUGUAGGCUGAGCACGCAUUCUACAAAGGCAACAAAAGGAAUGGAUACCGCCGAGUACUUGAUUGAGAACAGCAAAUGCACUUGUGUUGGAGUUCAAAAGAAAGGCCAAAAUGGUGGCUAUCUUCUAAAUACCAAGACCCACAAGAACUUUUGGCUUCUGGCAUAGACAGCCUUUUCCUACUCUCUCCUUCUCCCUCUAGGUCAGUUGUUGGUCUUCAAUACCGCAAAAACAAAGUCAGAUAGAGUUACUUUUGUCUGAAAGCCACGGUUUCACCAAAUUGUUUACCGCAUUUUUGCUGGAGUUUUUAAAACGAAAACAGAAACAUAGAACUUGAUACCUGUUUGUUUGCUAAAUCAAUCAAUUCACAAUUGGAUUGUUUUAAGUAAACUUUGUAAAAUACGGUCUCUUCUUCUUCCUAUCAUUCUACUUGUCCUCUUUUAGUUAUGGAUUGAAUGGUUUCGUUUCCUUUUA